AACCGGGAGAUGCUGAGAGGCCCAGGGAAGCGGUCGGAAAGUGCACACCCAGAGCCUGAGGAAGCCGAACUGACCGAUCCCAGACAGGGGCGGCCAGUUUUUCGCUGCUCCCCUCACCCCUAGGGACUUCUGGCCCCAACCCAAUCAUGACGUCUCCCCUGUGUAGGGCGGCCUCUGCCAGUGCAGUGUCUUCUCAAGAUCAGGCUUUGAUGCCCUCUUCCAAAGCCAAGGGCAUUAAGGCUCUGGCCAAGCAGGGCCACCCCGAAGGCAAGGGCUCGGUGCGGGCACAGGCCUGGCCCCCGCUCCAUUCCAAGGCGGUGCUCCGCCGUCGCAGUCCGGCGAAGACUGCUGUGCACACACAGGUGGUUGAGUUACAAAGGAAGAUCCAGCUCUUGGAGGGUGACCGGAAGGCCUUCUACGAGAACUCCCAGUGGAACCUUAAGAAGAACCAGGAGGCCAUCAGCCAGCUCCGCGAGGAGACCAAGGCUCUCCGGGGGCAGCUAGCAGACCUGCUGCAGGGGGACGAGAAAGUGGUACAGGCAGUCAUUCAAGAGUGGAAGGAAGAAACACCGUACCUGAAGAACAGGAUGGCCCAGCAGGCCCUGGAGCACCUGGACCACCAGCUGAGCGGGAAGGUGAAGCAGCUGAAUGCCCUGAGACACCAGGUGGUGCUGCGACAGAGGCGGCUGGAUGAGCUGCAGCUGCAGGAGGGCCUGCGCCAGCUGGAGAUGGCCGAGGCACAGGACAGCAACACAGAGAUGGCCAAGACCAUGCGGAACCUGGAGAACCGGCUGGAGAAGGCCCGCAUGAAGGCGGAGGAGGCCGAGCACAUCACUGGCGUAUACCUGCAGCUCAAGGCCUAUCUCCAGGAGGAGGCCCUCACCCUGGGGAAGCAGCUGGACAUCAUGGAGGCUGAGGUGGUGAAGACCAAGCAGGAGGUGCAGGAACUGCACGCAGUGAACCAAGAGGCCAUCAAUGCCCGGGACAUUGCCAAGAACCAGCUGCAGUACCUGGAGGAGAAGGUGAUCCGAGAGCGCAAGAAGCGCGAGCUGUACAUAUCUGACUGCAAGAAGCGCGCAGAGGAGAAAAAACUCCAGAACGAGCGCAUGGAGCGCAAGACCCAGCGCGAUCACCUGCUGCUGCAGUCGGAGGACACGAUCCAAGACCACCAGCACGCCAAGGAGGAGGAGCUGCGGCAGCGCUGGACCAUGUACCAGAUGGAAGUGACCUUCAGCAAGGUCAAGGACGCCACCGGCGCGGCUGAAACACACGUGCCCGCGCCUCUCUGCCCUGGCUCUGAUGGGCUGGACGGCCCGCAGUCCGUGGUGCGAAGGUUCCUGGCCCAGGGCUACACGUUCGCGCAGCUGGAGGCCCUUAAGAAGGAGACAGAGCAGGCGCUGGUGAAGCUCAAGGAGGAGAAGCGUCGGCUGCAGCGGGAGCUCGAAAACCUCAAAUACUCCGGGGAGGCCACCAGGGUGAGCCAGCAGAAGCUGCAAGCAGAGUUGCAGGAGAGCCUCAAAAUCGAGGAGCAGCGACGCACUAAGGCCCAGGAGCAGCUGGAGCGCACCGCGCGAUCCGUUCAGGUGGUCAAGGAGAGCCUGGAGCACCUGGCCAGCAAGCUGAAAGCCGUUACAGUGGAGGACGGCCGUUUCUCUGGAAGGGUGCUGGACCCCACCGCGAGUGACUAUUUACCAAACCUACUGGGCCUGGUGGAGGAGAAGCUGCUGAAACUGCAGGACCAGCUCAUGACCCACAACGUGCAGGAGAUGCUACGCCACAUCACGGGCCACGAGUUCCUGGUCACCUUGGAAGGAAAGCUGCCCCGGUACAACACCCGCAUCCCCCUGCCCCUGGCCAGUACCAAGGACAAGUUCUUCGACGAAGAGGAGAGCGAGGAGGAGGACGACGCGGUGAACCGGGCCUCCUUCAAGAUGCGUUCCCAGAAACUCAUCGAAAUGCGCAGCAAGAAGCGGGGUCGCGCCUGGAGGUCCUAGCCACGUGGUGCCCACUCCUGCCGAGCCCCUGACCUC